CGGAGUCCGCGGGGAAAACGAAACCGAGAGCCGGCCGCCCGGACCCGGCCGAGCUCCUGCGGACAGCGGCUGCGCGGGAGAGCGGCGAGCGGGCGGCAGCCGGGACAGCCGAGGCGCGCGCCGCCCGAGUCCCCAGCCCGAGACUGGGCUCCGGCCAGAGGCCCCUGACGCCUGCGCCGCCGCCGCGGGAGCGCUGUCCGAGGCCCGCGGAGCCCUUGCGGCAUCUGGGCAAGGGAUCGUGCAGCGCGGUGGGAGCUGAAGGGCAUUUUCUGCCCGCGAAGAAUUGUUCACAGAGCAGGUUUCUGGAGGAAAAAAUGGCCAGUGGUCGUUCACCGUGUUUCUACAUAGAAGAACUUAAUAAGUACCAACAAAAGAACAGUGUAGUACUUAAGUAUCAUCAACUGUCUAUGACAGGACCUCCACAUAACUUGAGGUUUACAUAUCAAGUUAUAAUAGAUGAUAAAGAAUUUCCAGAGGCUGAAGGUAAAUCAAAGAAGGAAGCCAAAAAUGCUGCAGCCAAAUUAGCUUUUGAAAUAAUUAGUAAAGAACAGAAGGCACCUAGUCCUUCAUCACAGCAGGCAACAAGUCCUCCAGAACGACCACCCAUUGAGAAUUACAUAGGUCGUGUUAAUACGAUUGCCCAGAAGAAAAAUCUAUCUGUAUUUUAUGAAGAAUGUGAAUCGAGGGGCCAUGGGCCUGAAAAAUUUUAUUAUAAAUGCAGAAUUGGACAGAAUGAAUAUGGGGUUGGUGCAGGUUACACCAAACAGGAGGCAAAACAAUUGGCUGCUAAACUGGCUUAUGAAGAGAUGCAUUCAAAAAACUUAACGAAAGCUGACCAGUCCUCUGGUUGUUUCAAUACUGUGUGUGGUGACGUCCAUAGCAGCUCUUCAGUGACAAGCGCAUCUGCUUCUGAAUCAUCAUCUGAAAAUGGCUUCUCAGCAAGUGAAAUGGAAAGAAAUGAUAACAGUGACAUAUUAAACGAUUCUUUCCAGUCUCCAGGGAACAGUUCCAUAAAUAAUCCCAGGAAGGUGAAGAGAGCUUUGGCACCUAGAUUUGACUCUCCUGUGAAGACGGAAGAAAACAUGUAUACUGUGGACUCCAGGUUUAACAGAGAUUUUACAGAAAUAACACCAAUUGGCUCCGGUGGAUUUGGCCAAGUUUUCAAAGCCAAACACAGAAUUGAUGAGAAGACUUAUGUUAUUAAAUGUGUUAAAUAUGAUAACGAGAAGGUAGAGCGUGAAGUGAAAGCUUUGGCAAAACUUGACCAUGUAAAUAUUGUGCACUACUGCAGCUGUUGGGAUGGGCUUGAUUAUGAUCCUGAAGAAAGCAUAAAUCCUUCAAGACCAAAGACUCGGUGCCUUUUCAUCCAAAUGGAAUACUGUGAUAAAGGGACAUUGCAGAAUUGGAUUGAUGGUAGAAGAGGCAAGGAAUCAGACAAAUGUUUGGCUUUGCAAUUCUUUAAACAAAUAACAGCAGGAGUGCAUUAUAUACAUUCAAAAAAGUUAAUUCAUAGAGACCUUAAGCCAAGUAAUAUAUUUUUAGGAGGUAUGAACCAAAUAAAGAUUGGAGACUUUGGACUUGUAACAUACCUGAAAAAUGAUGAAGGGCGAACAAGUAAAAAGGGAACCAGGCUAUACAUGAGCCCAGAACAGAUUUCUUCUGUGAAAGACUAUGGAAAUGAAGUGGACAUCUUUGCUUUGGGGCUAAUUCUUGCAGAACUUCUUCACAUAUGUCCCACUGUUUCGGAAACAGUGAAGGUCUUUGAGGAUCUGAGAGCUGGCAUCUUCCCAGAUGUAUUUGCCUACAGAGAAAAAAAUCUUCUACAGAAAUUACUCUCAGAUGAACCCGAGAAACGACCUAAUGCAUCGGCAAUACUGAAGACUCUGAAGGACUGGAGCAACAUGACAGAGCAAAGGAAGCGAAACACAUGUUAGGUGCUCUAAAAGUAUCCUGCUUCUGAUACUCCAGUUUCCUAUAUUCGUCUAAAAUCUGCUUGGGAGUAUUGAUGGUACUUAUCUUCUAGUUUCAUUGUUCCCUUAAUUUUUUGCCACAUGUGCAGAAAGGUUUGCAUUUUUUUUUUCUUGCUUCAAAAAUACUCUGACAUUCGACUUUCCCCUCACUCAUCUCUUUUAUUUAUGAAGAUGGGGAAGAAAAAUCUCUCAAAUUUUCUUUUUAAUGCCAAUUAGUGAAUCAGUAAAUUAAUGAAUGUUUAUUAAGUACCUACCGUUUCUAGGCCAAAAGAUAUAAGGUCUGUCUCUGUCUAAAAUAGCUAACAAUUCGGUUGGAGAAAUAUGGUAACCAUGAAAAGAUAAGUAUCGUCACUUUGAAAGCAAUUUGGUAUCAUCCAGCAAAGUUACAUGUAUACAGCCAUUCCUGAAAAGCCAUCAGUUCCAUUGCUACAUACAUGGGCACAAGCAUGUUCAUAGAAACCCCAUUUAUAAUAGGCAAAAGAACAGGAAACAAUGCUGAUGUGCACCAGAAGAAGAAUGGAUACACAAGUUGUGUUUUAUUCACACACUAGAAUACUAUGUAGCAGUGAAAAUGAAGGAAUGACAGCCAAAUGCACUAAUGUGCCGCAUCUCUUGGGAACAUAAUAUUAGGUGAACAAAGCAGAUUGCAGAAAACACAGUGUAAAGUUCAAGAACAUGCCAAGUGAAAUAAGUGUGUUUAGGUAUUCAGACAAAUGUGGUACAACAAUAAAGGGAAGGAAAGGAAUGAGAACCAUUACUAGAUGCUGAUCGUGAUUGGCUCUGAGGAGGGACUGGAGUGAUGUGACUGGAGGAAUGGACUUCAGAGGUAACAUAUAACUUUUUUUUUCUUACACUGGAUGUUGAGUCCACUAGUGUUUACUGCAUAAUUGUUCUAUUUCUCUUAAAUACAUUUUGUACCUAUUAUAACAGACACUUUAAAGAGAUGGUAAGACAGCAGCUGAGGACAGCAAACAGUCAGUCUGGAGGGGUGAGAUCACUCUGUGCUGAGGAACCAUAGCACAGGGCUUAGAAGUGACACUCCAUUGAGACUUCCAAGUAUGCGAAGGAUUGAGAUGAAUAGAGUGGAGACCAUAUGGGCAGUAUGGGCAAGGGGCAUGGCAUGCGUUCUGGAAAAGAUAAAUUCGAGGAACAUUGGGUAUACUAGUUUGUUUCCCUGAAUUGCUCUAGGGAAUGCUGGAAGAUGAUAUGAGCUGCAUCUUGGAAGCACCUGAGGGUCACUUGAAGCUUUAUAGCAACCAACUACCAUUCUAGAAUUGUCGUAUAAUUUUACAGUUUUUAAAGUGGGCCAAAUUUAGGCUUAGCAGAAAAUUCAUAGUAAUAGAUAAUACUUUUGUGAAGGCUUAUAGCAAUUUCUAAACAGUGUUACUAAAAGCAACGAAUAUGGUCCCAGUACAGUAUUUGAUUAAGGCAAGGUUCACCAAUGGAGACUAAAACUAUUGGUUGAAAAGGUGUUAGGAAACAGGAGCCUCCAAAGGAUUUAAAUAUAGUCCCACAGAUGAUAUUACAAAGGGGGAAAUGUAUCUUUAAAAUGGAAAGAUCUUGUCACCACAAUAACCAAGCAAUUAAAUUCAGGAUCACCGAAAGUGGGAGAACCUAACAUCAUGACCCUCCUGAUAUGAUGUAAGAAUUAUACACUAUCACCUACUUAGUUUUCUUGCCCAAAGUGUUUAACUGGAAUGUAAUCAUGAGGAAACGAUUAGACAAAUCCUGAAAGAAGCCUUUCGAUAUGAUAAUUAACUUGGGCUUCUCAAAAAGUCAGUGUCAUGAAAAAAAAAAAGUAGGGGAACUCUUCCAAAUACAAGACUAGAGAGGUAUAAUGACCAAAUGCAAUGACCAAAUGCAGUGCUUGAAUCUUGAUUGUAUACUGGAUAUUAAAAAAAAGAAAAGAAGAAAAACCCAGAAAAUAGCUAUGAAAGAUAUUUUUCAAGCAAUUGAGAACAUUUGAGUAUAGACUGCAUAUUAAAUGACACUGUAGAAUAAUUAUUAAUUUUCUUAGGUGUGAUAAUGAUAUUAUGCUCAUGCCGGAAAAUGUCGUAUUCUUAGGCAAUGCAUGGGGUGAAGUGGUGUGACAUUUGCAGCUUCCAAAUGUUCAGCAAAAAUCAGUGUGUGUGUAUAUAUACACACACACACAUAUAUAUAUGUAGAGAGAGAGGGAAGAAAUGUGGCAAAAUGUUAAUUGAAAAAUUGAUAAAUCUAGGUGGGGGAUAUGCAAGUGUUUCUUGUAUUAUUCUUGGAGCUUUUCUAUCAGUUUGAAAUUUUUCGGGGUGGAGAGAAAUCUAUAAAAGAAAACUAAUAUCUGGAUUUGAUGAAUAAAGCUAAAAUCAAAAGAAAAACCAAUGAAUGUGGUAAAUUAGUGUGAAUAUGGCCUUGUUUUUACCUUCUCUCAUUUUUAAAAUUUAAGUAUAGUUGAUUUGCUGUAUUAUAUUACUUUCUGGUGUAUGACAUAGUGAUUCAAUACUUUUGGUUUUUUUAUUUUAUUAUUUUUUUCUUUAGAUCUUUAUUGGAGUAUAAUUGCUUCACAAUGUCGUGCCAGUGUCCACUGUGCAACAAAGUGAAUCAGCUGUAUUUAUACAUAUAUCCCCUUCCUCUUGAGCCUCCCUCUCCCACUCCCAUCCCACCCCUCUAGGUCAUCACCAAUCAUAGAGUUGAUCUGUGCUAUGCAGCAGCUUCCCGCUGUGAUUCAAUGCUUUUAGAUAUCCUUCUUUCACUUCAAUAUUUCUACUACUAUGACGUAAAUAUAGCAUCCCUUGAAGCUUUUAUUUAUUUGGGUAUAUAUUUUCUCAGCCUCAAAACUAUAGUAAAUAAAAAGUAUCCUCUUAUCAGAGGAGGAGAUGGGCAAAGGCCAGGGACCUUAUUUGCUAAUUAAAACACAUACAUACAUGCAGAGAUUUUGAAGAGCUGUUGUGACCUAGUUGCUUCACUGGAAACAGAAUUUCUAGGAAAUUUUUAUUACUAAUCACACAUAUAUUAUUUAUUAAAGGUGCACAUAUUUAAUAUAAAUAUAUAUAUAUAAAACAUACUCAGAACAUAUAUAUUAUUUGUGUUAGGUAUAUUUAGUAUAAAUACACAUAUAAACAUAAGUGUGUAUGUAUGUGUGUGUUUGUGUGUAUGGCCAGCUAUAUAAUCUGUGGGACCCAGUGCAAAAUGAAAAUAUGAGGCCUUUGUUCAAAAAUUAACAUGGGGCCUCAUGCAACCACACAGGUUGCGUGUCCACGAAGUCAGACUUAUGUGUAUAUACACAUAUGAAUAUACACACAUGCACACAUAUGUAUGAAAUGUUUAGAAGUCUAAAAACAAGCUUUUCUGAGACUCCAUUAUCCAGUGUACCUACUUGAGAGAGAAACUCAUAGCAUCUAUUUCCCACUUGAGUGUUCAGCAUAACUUGUUCUUGGCAUGUUAACUUUUCAUUAUGAAUAUGGAAUAAUAUAAUAAUAAUAUUAAUAAUAUGAAUAAGUAUUAUUUAUAUUUAUUUUUCUAAGUUUUUAUGUUAAAACAUACACAAAAACAGAGACUAGAUAAAUGAAACUCUAUGUACCCAUUACCUAACUUCAACAGCUAUCAAUAUUCUGCCUUUCUUGUUCUAUUUACUUCUUCCUUUUAAAAAAAUAUCUUUUGCUGGAGGAUUUUAAAUUUCAGGCACUGUAUCAUUUCACUUGCAAUGAUACUUGUAAAUACUUAAAGAUGUAUUUGUAAUAGAUAAGAUCUUAAUGUUUUUUUUUUUGCUGCUUGUUAUUUAUAUUUGUUGAAUUUUUUUAAAUUUAUUUAUUUUUUGGGGGUACACCAAGUUCAAUCAUCUGUUUUUAUACAGAUCUUCUUAAUGUUAACCAAACCAUGAUAUCAUUAUCACUCAACAGAAUUCAUAAGAUUUCCUUAAUAAUAAUCAGCCUGUAUUGAGUUUUCCUAUCUCAAAAAUAUCUUUCUGCAAGUUGUUUAAAUCAGGAUCCAACACUGCAUUUAGUUGGUAUGUCUCUUUUACUCUGUAACAUUUAUCUCGUUCUUUUUAUUUUUUUUUAAUUUUUUUAAUUUUUUCAGCUGCACGUGGGCUUUCCCUGGUUGUGGCACAGGGGCUACUCUUCAUUGUGGUGCACGGGUUUCUCAUUGUGGUGGCUUCUUUUGUUGUGGAACACGGGCUCUAGGCGCACGGGCUUCAGUAGUUGUGGCAUUUGGGUUCAAUAGUUGGGGCUCACGGGCUGUAUAGAGCACAGGCUCAGUAGUUGUGGCACAUGGGUUUAGUUGCUCUGUGGCAUGUGGGAUCUUCCCGGGCCAGGGAUUGAACCUGUGUCCCCUACAUUGGCAGGAGGAUUCUCAACCACUGCGCCACCAUGAAGUCUCACCCUGUUUUUAAUGUCUUUCCUUUUGCCACUUAUUUGAGGAAGGAACCAGGUCAUGUAGCCUACAAUUUCCUUCAUUUAGGAUGUAGCUGUUGGUAUUCCCAUGGUGUCUAGUUAGAUCUAGAAACUUGAUUUGAUUCUAGUCUGAAAAUUUUUUCUAAGAAUCCUAAGUGAUGAUGUAUACCUUCUUUGGCAUCACUCCAGGAGAAGCAUGAUGUCUGGCUGUUCCGCUUUCAGGGAUUAUAAGUUUGAUCAGUGGUUUGUGGUGGUGUCAUCUACUACUAUCAAUUUUCCUUGUCAAUCUUGCACCUAAUGGUGUUAGCAGGCAUUGAUGACUAUCACCAGGAUCCAUUAUUUCAUUAGGGGUUGCAAAGUAGUGAUUUUCUGAUUCUAUCAAACCUUUUGUAUUUAUCAUCUGUGAUUCUUCUAUAAAGAACUUUCUCUAAAGCUGAAUGGAAAAGAUGGGAUAAAUAUAGUAAACUUUUAGAAUGAAGCGGCACCCCAGCAACCUCCAAAGGUGGUGAAGAGGUUUUUUGUUUUUUUUUUUUGGCAGGGGUGUGAUCUAGCCUAUACAUUGAAGGUGUUUAGACUGGGUUGGAGCAGGAAAAGACUACAUUUGAAAGGUCAGAAGUCUGAGAGGCUACGGGGGCCUGAACAGUGGGAGGGGACAAAACCAAGAGGAGCUGGCAACUAACUGGAUGUGAGGAUUUAGGGGAAAGUAAGCAUCAGAGAUUACCUCCAGGUUGGUUUGAUGGUGAGUGCCAGGAAUAUGAUGCCGUUAAAGAAGGUACAAGUCUGAAAUCAAAUUAAUGCCCUCAGAGAGCCACCCAUAUUGGAGAGUUGUUUUGUCUCACACUGUUAUCUAUUAUCCAGUUUCUAGUUAGAAUUUAAGCCAAUAGUGGGGCCACAGUUCAUGUGUCAGCAUGGUGAGGGGGAGCUCAUUUGAAGAUGCUGAGUUUGAAGUGCUGCCAUAGUAUUCAGGGCAGGGUGUAGAGAAGACUCUAGGACGUGCAGGAGAGGAACGUGAGGGAAAGGGUGAACUGGAAUCAUACACAGAAGAGAUGUGUAUGUUAUCUGGGAGUAAGCCCUGAUGCUUAACUUUGAAUCCAAGGGAUUGCCAAGGGAGACAUUACAUAGAGGAGAGGGCUCAGAAACAAAAGCAUGGCAGACACCUCCAUUUAGAUGUUUACUCUUUAUAUCUAAAUGUCAGCCCACUCCCUAAUGUCUGUGAUUCUACAUCUGUGACCGUGAGCUAUCCCAAUCGUGACAUUUCCUCACGAUGGUCACAGAUGCAGGGACUACAGUUGAUAGAUGUUCAGAGGCUCCACUAUUGGCUUACAUUCAGACUAAAAACCAUGUAAUGGGUAAAACUCUGAGGCAAAUCAAGUCUCUCUCAAAUAUGUGUGGCUCUUGAGGGGUCAGUUUGAUUGAGACCUGUUUCCUAGGGCUGCUGUAACCAAUGACCACAAAAUUGGUGGCUGAAAACAACACGAAUUUGUUUUCUUACAGUUCAGGAGGCCAGAAGUCUGCAAUGGGUUUCACUGGGCUCAAGUCAAAGUGCUGGCAGGGCCGUGCUCCUCUGGGGGCUCCCGUUCCACAUCCCAUGUUCAAUGUUACCUGAAUAAGCCGCAGCCACAUAGGUCUGCUCAGGGUCACCUGAAUAGGCUUUUGUGCCCAAUGGCUCUUGGCUACGGUUUCUACCUGAAAUUCCCUUCAACCUUUUUUUAAAUAACAGCUUUAUUCAGACAUAAUUCACAUACCGUAAAAUUCACCCCAUUUAAAGUAUACAGUUCAGUGGUGUUUAGUAUAUUCACAGUUGUGCAGCCAUCACCACAAUCAAUUUUAAAACCUUUUUGUCACCCCAGCCAUUCCUCAUCUUCCCCCAACUCUAGGCAACCACUAAUCGACUUUCUCUCUCCAUAGACUUGCCUAUUCUGGACAUUUCGUUUAAAUGGAAUCAUAUAGUAGGUGGUCUUUUUCACUUAGUAUGUUUUCAAGUUGCAUCUGUGGUAUAGCAUGGAUUCCUUUCUCUUCUACUGCCAAGUAACAUUCAAUUGUAUGGAUAAAUCACAUUUAAUGCACCUGUUCAUCGCCUGAUGUACAUUUGGGUUUUUACUUUCUGGUUAUUAUGAAUAAAAUUGCUGUGAAUAUUUGUGUAUGAGUUUUAUCUGAACAUGUGGGUAUAACUUAAGAGUGGAAAUGCUGGCUCAUAUUGUAACUCCUUCCUCAUAACUGCAUAUCAGGGUUAUAUGUUCAAAGCCCAAAUUCAGUGCUGCUACCACAGUGUUCUACCAUCUCCCACUCCAAAUGAAACUUCUUCCUAGUACUUCCAAUUGUUUAAUACUUCAGUAUUGUACUUACCACUUCUCCUGGGAGCUUAGUUAUUCCUGCAUGGGUGUUUCCCUCCUUGUAAAUUUCUGGAAAGCAGGGACAGGCUCUCUCAUUUUGAUUUGCCUCAAGGCAGCAAGUGUAUUACCCUGCAUUUAAGCAGGAACUCUUUAAGUGCUUCUGAAUUAGUAGGGAAUAAAUGUGUUAAGAAUUUCAUAUACUUGAUCCUACAAAAUGUGUCUAAUACUAAAUAAUAAUGUUCACUGUAAAUUUUCAACAAUUAAAUGUUGAUAAAUAACAAAGUACAGGUGGGUAUGUAAACCAAUUUAGUACAUUAAAGUCUAUUUUGAAUUUUAGAAGCUCCAGUAUUUUGGGUUUAGAACUAGGAAAAUGAAACAUUUUAGAAAUUCUACAUAGGACUCUGAAAAUAAAGUACAAUAUAAACAAAAGUAAAUGACGUUAAAAUUUACUGUUUCAAAUUUCGCAUAUGUUCUGAAGCAAAUUAAAAGAAUUCUUUCCAGUGUUUUGCUACCCUUGGUUUUCAUUAUCGUCCAGUUGUGAAGUUGUAAAAGACUUAAUAUGAAUAAAAAUACGUUUUUACUCAUACUGAAAACCUGUAGUUUUAAAUGUCGACAGUAAGAAUGGAGGGAUGUCUCCAACUCUCCAGGGAAGGCUGGGCUCUGGCCUCUGGCCUGGAAAUGCAGACCACAGCUGUGGUGGAUUCACGGGUUCCAUCAGGUUCUUCCUACAUUCUCAGCAUAUCUGUUCACAGACAUAUUCAAAAUAUUCUAGGCCACUGGGCAGGUGGCCCCAUAGUCAGUAAGAGGAGAAAAGGAAGCCAGUUUCUAACUCCAUUCUGUCUGAAACAAUCCACAUGGCUUUGGGUCUGUCUGAAUGAAUGUUGGUAUGUUGGCUGAAAUGACAGUAAAGCAUGUGACUAGAAUUACAAGAAGAUAUGCUCCUUUUUUAUGUUAAUGUUAUUUUUUAAAUGAAAAAAGUAAAUUUCAAACAGUAUUAUCCAACUAUAUAAGCUCUAAUAUUUUAUAUAUUUAUAUUCCUAAAAGUAAUUUAGUUUCUAGAUGAAGAACUGAGGCCCAGAAGUUAACUAGGUUUUCAAGCUCUGCUGCAUUUUAGAAUCAAGGGGAGUGAUGAACAGGCCACAGUGACCAAUUAUAUCAGAAUCUCUGGAAGUGGGACCUUUGUAUCAUUUUUUAAAGCUCCCCAAGUUAAACUUGAGAACAAGUGAAUUAGGUCACAUUAAGUCAGAGGCUAAUACAACUUGCACUAUUGAUUAUAUCUUAGUUUGGGCAAAUGUAGGUUACCUUCUGCUAUGUUCUCAGGUAUGCUGUUUAUCAUACAAGAAGAGGUUGAUCUCUUGCUCAAGGCUACUGAAAGGUGAGAUGUAAAACUGUACAGAUGAGGUCACAACUUGAUCCAAAGACUAGUCAUGCUCUAGUUUAACCUAGAGCACUAGUUCUCAUCCACAGGUGAUAAUCAGACUCAUUCUUAGAACCUUAAAAUAAAUAGAUAUCCAGAAACUAUUCUAGACUAGCUGAAUUAAGUCACUAAGGGUGGCACCUGAGCCUGUGAACUUUAAAGCAAGUUCAUGAUUUUGAUGUCCAACCUUAGAGCUCCCUAGAGGGUGCCACAUGGGUAUGUUUAGCUGUAUUUGGUUCACUCAUAGGGAAGCAGAAUUCACCUUAAGACAGAAAAAUAACUUUAAAAAUGACUUAGAGUUACCCAGCAAUGCAAUGGCCCAUUUUAAGGCACUGAGCUCUCUGUGGCUGGAGGAAUAAAGGCAGAGGUUGGAUUACUACCUGCUGGGAAUGUUGUCAAAAGGAUUAAGAAGCUGGAUCACCUGAUAUUUAAGGUUACUCCCAGUGAUUGUUUCUAUAGCCAAAAUGUGCGAUUGUUCACUUAUAAUGGAUAUGCACAGUGCCAUGAGAACUCACAAUUUUAUGGAAUAAUUAUUGUUUCUAAAACCAAUUAGAAUUAAGUACUAUUAAUGGAAUCUUGCCUCUGACAUUGCUCUUACUGAGGGAAAUACUUUUCCCCUCCUCCUCAUGCUUGCACGGAGGGAAGGGAACUUCUUCUUGCUCUUUGGAAGAGAGCAGUGUGGGAACAAGCUCUGUGAACCAGUAUUCAUUCCCUCUCAACAGAGAGGCGUCUCAUCUGAUGAGUGAUUUUGGGAAAAGGAACUGAGCGUGUGUGGCCCUGCCCCUAAGUGGUUGGUUCUCUCACCUUGAAAGCUAAUGGUCUCCAAAUGCAAAGAUGGGCUCUGUCUCUCCGAGGCAAGGUCUGCACUGUUCUCCAACCAGCAAGAUCUCGGAGGGAGCAUGACUGGAGAACAAGUCAACUAGCUCUUCAUUUUAUUGUUAAUAAAGCUGAUAUUUUGAUCUUUCUCUAACUACCAUGUCUUCUCUCUCAAUAUGUUCUAAAGUAAAGAAGGGAAUAAGAGUUACUGGCUGGUGUCCUUAAAUCCCAUAAACAUCACAGCACAGCCAUAAAUUGUAA